AUGACCGCGUCGACCUCGCUCCGCCUCGUCCUGCUCGCCGCCGCGUCGUCGGUCGCGCUCGCUGCUUCGGCCGACGUCAACACGGCCACCACGGCCGACGGCGAGCGCAUCAUUGCCGGCUACACGCCCUCGGUCGCCCUGUCGUGCGUCGGCAUCGCCCUGUUCGGCGCGUCGACCGUCGCCCUGUGGCUCGAGUGGUUCCGCACGGGCCGCAAGCGAUACAUGCUCACGCUCAACAUCGCCAUGAUCUGCAUGACGGUCGGCUUCAUCCUGCGCAUCGUGUAUCACUCGAACCUCGACAGUCUCGGCGGGUACAUCGCCAUGUACAUGUUCCUCCUCCUUUCGCCCUGCGCGUUCUUGGCCCACAACUACCUCAUGCUGUCGCGCCUGUCGCGCGCCAUGGGACCCGACGCGACGAGCUGCCUGUUCCUCCCCGCGCACCACGUCGGUACCAUCUUCAUCUGGAGCGACGUCAUCACCUUUUGGAUGCAGGCCGCCGGUGGUGGCCUCACCGCGGUCGACAACCCGAGCCUCGUCAAGGCGGGCAAGUACGUCGCCCUCGCCGGCCUCUGCAUCCAGCUCGUGUCGUACCUCUUCUUCACGUCGCUCCUGAUCGUCUUCUACUCCAACGUCCGCCGUCGUCACGCGCACCUCGCCCACCCCGCGCAGCCUUUCCGCUUCGGGGCGCACAAAUUCUGGUCAAACUCGAUGGUGUACGACUGGCGCACGCUCGUCUGGGUCGUCCUCCUGUCGUGCGUCGGCGUCAUCACGCGCUCCGCCUUCAGGAUCGUCGAGUACUCUGAGGGCUACUACGGCAAACUCGCGACCUCCGAGGGCUACUUUUACCUCCUCGACGCCCUCCCGCUCUGGCUCGCCAUGACGCUCUACGUCUUCUUCUACCCGCCGCGCUUCAUCGAGGGCGCUCGCGAGCUCGAGCAGGUCUCGAGCACGCAGUACGCCCUCGAGAACGGCGGCGCGACGGUCGACCGCUACACGACCGAGUCGAGCGAGAAGACGAGCCGGGCCGAGGAACGAGGGCCUAUCGCCGGCUUCGUGCCCAAGCAGGCCCCGUCGGUCGUCGCGGCGGCCCUGUACCUCCUGUCGACCUGCAGUAUGUGGCUCAGCUUCCACCGCACGGGCCGGCCCUGGUGGCUCGUCGUCCUCCCGAUCGGCAUGACCUGCAUGGUCGCCGGGUUUGUGCUUCGCUUCUACUACUCGAUGGACGAAAACGCGACCAAGUUAUCGGUGUAUCUGCCGUUCUACGCGUUGCUGCUCCUCUCGCCCUGCACCUUCCUCGCGACCGACUACAUCCUCCUGCCCCGUCUCGGCCGCGCCAUGGGCGAGGAGGUCGCCAAGACGGCCUUCCUCGUCCCGAUCCGCUUCCUCCUACGAUUUUUCAUCUGGUCAGACGUGACGACCUUCUUCAUCCAGAUGUCGGGAGGCGGCCUUAUGGCUGCUGGAUCGAGCAAGAUGUCCAACCUCGGCACCAAGGUCAUGCUCGUCGGCCUCGUCGCCCAGACUCUCUCGUUCAUCUUCUUCACGGUCAUUCUCGUCGUCUUUGGGCUCCGAGUGUACCGCAACCACAUGCACCUCGUGCGGCCGACCGAGCCCUGGCGGCCAACGCGCUUCAACCCUCUCGCGGCGGCGCCGGUCAGCGACUGGCGGCUCCUGUACUGGAUCCUCGUCGUCAACUGUGUGUGCAUCAUCGUUCGGAGCAUCUUCCGCACGAUCGAGUCGGCGCAAGGCCACGACGGGUACCUCGCAACACACGAGGGCUACUUCUACAUGUUCGACGCCCUCCCUCUCUGGAUCGCCAUGACCCUGCUCGCCUACUGCUGGCCGCCUCGCGUGUUCGACGGCCUCACCCUCGUCGACGGCGUCUCGCCGUUCAGCAACCGGCACGUCGCCUUUGCGCACGUGGGCAGGACGCCCGAGGACCGUCGGGCGAUGGUGUACGGCGAGAUUGGCGACGAGCACGACGGCAAAGGGUGGGCGCCCGAGCCGGUGAAGCUCGGGACCUACGACUCGUACCGGCACUGAGCCCGCGGGUCGCUCGUCGCCGUUGCGCCGCUUUCCCGUCCCUCGAGCUCGACCGCCUAGAUCCUCCUUCCUACACGCAGAAGAGCCUCGUCCUCUCUCGCAGAUAGACCCUUUUCCCUCCUCGCACUCUCUUUCACCUCUAGUUUUCCCCACGCGCCACGUUGUAACACUCUCUGUCCCUCGUUCCUCCUC